GAAAGAAGAGAGGAGGGAAGGAUAAGAAAAAAGAGGUGUGAGAACAGAGGCACAGAGCAGAAAGAAAGGAGAAAGAGAAGAAGGGCUCAAAUAAAAAAAAUUAAGAGUGAACAAAGAUAAAGCAAAGACAAAAGACAAAAUACAAGACUCUUCUUCAGAAGAGGAGAGGAUGCUGCUGCAGCUGAGCAUCUAUGCCUGACUUCUGAGGAGUUCUCAGCUCGGACAUGACUGACAUGCAGCAUCCCUGCAUCUGAGCAUCUCUAGUCCGUGCAUGUGUGUGUGUGAGAGAGAGAAAGUGAGGGUUAAUGUGUGUGUGAAGCCAUGGCGAGUGCUCAGCCGGGGGUCCACGCGUUGAAACUCCAACCUCCUUCCGUCUCUCACACGCUGAGGAACGGAAGCAACUUCAUUAAAUGGGAUGAGGAUUUGUCCACUGUCACUCCAGUGACUCUGCAUGUGGAUCCACACGGGUUUUACCUCUACUGGACCGACCAAAACAAGGACACAGAGCUGUUGGACCUGACCCUGGUAAAAGAUGUCAGAACAGGCAGAAGCACGAAAACACCCAAGGAGGCUAAGCUGCGGGAGCUGCUCGAUGUGGGAAACCUGGUUGGUAGGCUGGAGAACCGCAUGGUUACCGUGGUUACGGCUUCAGACCUUGUAAACGUCAACCAGCUUAACUUCAUCGCUUCGCAGGAGGACGAAGCCAAGGUGUGGUGUGAGGAACUGUUUUCUCUGUCUUCCAACCUGCUGAGCCACAAUCUCAACAGAGAUCAGAGUCUGCUGAAAGCGUACAUCAAGUUAACUCUUCAGCCGAAUGCAGAGGGGAGAAUUCCUGUCAAGAAUAUUGUUCGGCUGUUUUCAUCGGACAGAAAAAGAGUCGAGAAUGCCCUGGAGAGCUGCAAACUGCCCUAUGGACGGGGUGACAGCAUCAAACUGGAAGACUUAACACUUGAAGUUUACCGGAACUUCUUGGACAGUCUGUGCCCUCGCCCUGAGCUUGGGAACAUCUUCAAACUGCAAGGAGCCAAUGAUGGGAUGCUGUCAGUCGAUCAGAUGACAGAGUUCAUCAACAAUAAGCAGAGAGACCCAAGGCUCAAUGAAAUCCUCUACCCACCUCUUCGUCCUGCACAGACGCACACUGCGAUGGAGAGGUAUCAACAUGACCAGGCACAACUGAAGACAGGCAAGAUCUCCCUCCAGGCGUUCUCCAGUUAUCUGUCUAGUGAUGAGAAUGGAGUCAUUCCACCAGACAAGCUGGAUCAGUCUGAAGACAUGAACUUCCCGAUAUCGCACUAUUUCAUCAACUCAUCGCAUAAUACUUACCUGACAGCGGGCCAGCUGGCCGGGAGCUCCUCAGUAGAAAUGUACAGGCAAGUUCUGUUGGCCGGGUGCCGCUGUGUGGAAUUGGAUGUGUGGAAAGGACGGACUGCUGAGGAGGAACCUGUCAUCACUCAUGGAUUCACCAUGACCUCAGAAAUCUCCUUUAAGGAGGUGAUUGAAGCUAUUGCAGAAUGCGCCUUCAAGACCUCACCCUUCCCUGUGAUCCUGUCUUUUGAAAACCACGUGGACUCGUUGAAGCAGCAGGCUAAAAUGGCCGAAUACUGUCGAUCCAUUUUUGGAGAAGCUCUGCUGAUUGACCCUCUGGACAAAUACCCUCUGGAGCCAGGUGUCCCUCUGCCCAGUCCUCAGGAGCUGAUGGGCAAAAUUCUCAUCAAGAACAAGAAAUCCCACAAACCUUCCAAUAACACAGACACAAAGAGACUGACGGACCAACCUGCCAAUCAGAGCAAUGAACCAGUGUCUCCUAGCAACAACACAGGAGAGAUGGAAGCUGAGAGUGAGGAAGAUGAUGAUGAUGAAGAUGAUGAUGGUAAAAAGGGCUCAGCCGAGCGGGAAGCAGUGGCAACAGAGGAAAUGUCAACUCUGGUUAACUAUGUCCAGCCUACCAAGUUCAACUCCUUUGAAGCCUCCAAGAAGGCAGCCCGCUGUUACCACAUGUCGUCUUUUGUGGAGACCAAAGCGUUGGAGCAUCUCACAAAGUCACCAGUGGAGUUUGUAGAAUAUAAUAAAUCCCAGCUGAGUCGUAUCUACCCAAAAGGAACCAGAGUGGAUUCAUCAAAUUUUAUGCCUCAACUCUUCUGGAAUGCGGGAUGUCAACUGGUGGCUCUAAACUACCAAACUAUUGAUUUGUCCACGCAGCUGAAUCUCUUCAUGUUCGAGUACAACGGUCGGAGCGGCUACAGGUUGAAGCCUGAGUUCAUGAGGCGCCCAGACAAACACUUUGACCCUUUUACGGAAAACACAGUGGAUGGCAUUGUAGCUAACACCCUCUCCGUGAAGGUCAUUUCAGGCCAGUUCCUGACUGAGCGGAGAGUGGGGGUGUAUGUGGAGGUGGAGAUGUUUGGACUCCCUGCAGACACUCGGCGGAAAGCUCUGAAGACCAAAACGUCUCAGAACAACAAUGCCAUCAAUCCAGUGUGGGACGAAGAGCCGAUUGUGUUCAAAAAGGUGAUUCUUCCUACUCUGGCCUCACUGAGAAUUGCUGCCUUUGAAGAAGGAGGGAAGUUUAUUGGUCAUCGAAUUAUUCCAGUGUCUGCUAUUAGGCCAGGUUAUCGUUACAUCGGCUUGAGGAAUGAGAAAAACCAGUCUCUGAUUCUGCCAGCUGUGUUCGUCUACAUUGAAGUCAAAGACUAUGUCCCAGAUACAUUUGCUGAUGUAAUCGAGGCUCUAUCGAACCCUAUUCGCUAUGUCAACCUUCUGGAGCAAAGAUCUAAACAGCUGGCAGCCCUGACUCUGGAGGAUGGCGAGGACGACACGCAGACUGAGGAAGAGACUGAAAGCUGUGCAGAGCGUAAGACUGAUCUGAAAUCAGCUCCACUAGAAAACGGGCUCAGCCCGGCCUCUGGCCCACCGGGCCACACCCCCAUCGCCACCACACCCAAAGCUUCUGCAGCCAAUCAACAGGCAGCCACAACAGAUGCAGCCAAACCAGCAGCCAAGACUGAAGACCUGGUUUUAAGUGUUUUGAUAGAUGUCCCAGUGUGUACUUUGGAGAAUCUGCAGCAGUCCAAAGUUUACCAGAAGGAGCAGAGACGCCAGUUUAAAGAGCUGAAGGAGUUAGUGAGGAGACACCAGAAGAAAACGUCAGAGCUCCUGCGAGAGUUCAACAAUAAGUACAAGAAGACAGCAAGACAAUGCAGCAAGAACAGGAGUUCGAACUCGGACAGUGAGAAGGAUGACCGUCUUCAGCAGCUGAGAGAAGAGCAGCAUCAGCAGCUUCUGGCUCUGAGGCAGGAACAGUACUAUAGUCAGAAAUAUCUGCAGAGAGAACACAUUAAAACGCUGACGGAGCGGCUGACCAGUCUGGCUGAGGAGAGUCACAACGCCCAGAUAAAGAAACUCAAAGACAUCUGUGACAAGGAGAAAAAAGAGCUGAAGAAGCAGAUGGAUCGAAGGAGAACAGAGAAGAUCAACCAAGCAAAGACCAAAGAGAAACAUCUGGCUGAGGAGGAGAAGAUUGAGAUCAAUAAGUCCUACGUCAAUGAAGUCGUCCAGAACAUUAAAAGGCUCGAGGAGACUCAGGCAAAGCGCCACGAGCAGCUGGUGGAGCAACACAAUGAUCUCCUGCAAGAGAUACAAGACCAGAAGCCAAAGCUGCAGGGCUCUGUGGAGGCAGAGUUUCAGGAGAAGUUCCAGCGUUUGCCCGGAGAGAUUCACGACUUCCUGCAGGACAGGAAGUUGGAGGUUCGAGGCCACAGCAAGUCACGACCUUCCACACCACACGAAGCUCUUUCAGAGGAGGACUGAAGAGGGGAAAACAGGAUGAAGGAGCGAGGGGGAAUGAGGAACGAGAACAACUGGAUCAAUGGAAGCAGUGUGGAGUAGAUCAAUGAAAUGCAAAGCAUGAGAAUAAAAGAUAACAAGAAGUAUUGAUGAAGAGGACACGAAAGAGUAAAUAAUCAAGUUUAUAUAGACUGUUACUUCUUUUUAAUGGAAGAAUGCUUUAACAAUUUAUUUUUUAUUCCAUUCUAGCAUGCACUUUGUGUGUUUAAUACAAGUGUUUAAUCAGACCCCGUUUAGUCUUGCAUUAAGUCUUCUAUUCUGUCAUCUCUUAUUUUAGACCUCAACAGUUUGUACUGCAUGACUGCAUAUCUAUCUAUCUAUCUAUCUAUCUAUCUAUCUAUCUAUCUAUCUAUCUAUCUAUCUAUCUAUCUAUCUAUCAUCGAUCUAUCUAUCUCUAUCUAUCUAUCUAUCUAUCUAUCUAUCUAUCUAUCUAUCUAUCUAUCUAUCUAUCUAUCUAUCUAUCUAUCUAUCUAUCUAUCUAUCAUUUGAAGAUCACUGAACAUACAUCAGGCUCUGUCUUAUUGGAGAGAAAUCUUUACAAAUAUAGAGUUUCAUGGCCACUGCAAGAAAACAAAUCCUAAGCAGCUGUUUGCCCUUUUUACUUGUCCAGUCUGCUAUAACAAUGUCAAGAAAUUUUAAAAACUGCAAAGCUAGAACAAUUCCACCCUGGAGUACUCGGCGCCAUGCUUUUACAAACACAAUCAGCACACUUGGUCUGGUGCUGCCAAGAAUAAAAUGCACUGUAGCAAUUGUUUGAGCUGAGAGUUUUUAAAACAGAACCACCAACGUCUGGGUUUUGUUAAAUCUCUCAAGGACAGAAAAAGACAUUUUGCAAUUCACAAUUCUCCCAGUAUCUCCACUCCAAGGCUGGCUGAACUCACAGUUGGAAGCUGUUACUCACUAAAUCUGGAUGAAAUUCUUUUAUUUAGAAAGACAGAAAGAUUAGAAUUUAAGGGGUUAAUACAAGACAACAGUUAAUGCUGUAUUUUGUUAUGCAUUUAUUUAUCACUGUUAUUAUAAACGCUUUCUUUUUUUUGUUUGUUUAGCGUCACUGAUAUAGCCACAGGCUACAUGGCUUACCUCUGAGCAGCUUUGCAGCUGGGAUGUUGAUGAUUUUGUCAGGGACACCUCAGUGGUGGAAAUGCAGGAGAGGCAAAUGUUUUACUUUUUCUGCCUACAUCCUGAUAUUAAUGCAUUCCGUUUCUUUUUUGAUUUUAAAUAGGAUUUUUUUCCCUGUUUACUGUCAUACAGAUGAGGUGUGAUUUUUUUUUAAAGGAGCUGACAAUAACUCCAUAAUAUCAAAAACCUUUACCUGCUGUAAGUUUGUCUGAUCUUCCUUAAAAGUCAUCUUCUGGUGCACAUCUGGACAAUUUUCAAUAGAGAUGCUUUUUUUAGAUCUCCCAGUGGAAGUCCUGCUUUGUCUUCUUGCACUUCUGUGACAGACGCUGGAUCUCCUCUCAUGUGUCACAACUGCGAUCCUUCAAUUUGAUUUUCAUUUCUGUAAUUGUUCCAGGGAGACAAAUCUGUUGACUGGUCUAAAGCAGUGUGCAAAGGUUGUUUUAGUGGCUUAAGAAGUCCUGCAUUUUCAGUUCUGUUCUGAAUGUUCUCCUUUAAAUAUCCCUCCACUGACUCAAGUUGCUACAAUUGAAUUCAGUCUUGACAGUCUCUCACUGAGAGGUGAAUUUAUAAUUUAAAACCAGAUGUAGUUUGAAAAAAAAUGACAAGCAUUCUCUCACUGCCACUUCUCAUCUGAAGAGAUGCCUUUAAAAGUGGAAACUGUGAAGUCUUCAACUGAAAAGAGACCCUGCUCUCAUUACAAUUAAUGACCAUCCACACAAAACUCAGGUCAGUUUGAAGCAGAGGUUGAUGUUUUGGAGUGUGUAGGGAAAUCACAGACCAAAGGUGCAAGGGGUCACAAUGACUUCAGAUCGGUUUUUUGUACUCUCCGCUCUGUAUCUCAUCAAAGAGAGAGGAUAUACUUAUAUGGGCAUUUCAGGCAAGUCCCAACUGCUUUUCCAUCCUUCGGUUAGGAAGGCCAGACAAUCAGAAGGCUUAAAGCAAGAGAAGUCUUAAAGGAUGAUAAAUGAAUCAACAGUGCUUCAACAGUGCCCAGUAUAAGAUAAAUAAGGAUUAUUUUGACCUGUGAGUUGUGCAAAGCUACUACUUUGCCCAAGAACAAAAAAUAUGAGCAUAGUAGGUCCUCUUUCAGUCAUUCUUAUCCUAAACUUUUGCCUCAUGCAGUUGCAUAAGCAUCUAAUUUCAUAUUUGUGGUUUCAGGAUUCUGUUAUAUAAACAUAUUGCCAUGUGUCAUAUUUCAAGAAGAUAAUAUCCAGCUCUUUGUAUGUGUGUGGGUGUGUAACACUCAUCCAUAUACUGCAUUAUCUGAACAUUAAUAAGGAUUUUUGAUUGAUUGUUUUAAGGAUUUUUUAAUGGCAGAACUCUGUAUUUUAUUCUAGCAGAAAUUAUGCUAGUUCCCAGUAAGUGUGUAUCAUUAUGUGCUUUAUGUAUUUAUUCAUGAGAUUUUGGCAGAAAAUGUGAAGCUGAUAAGUUUUUUCUUUGUUUGUUUGUUUUUUAAAAGACUGUUAGUAGAAGACAUGUUUAUAAGAGGGAGAAGGAUUUGCACUGAAAGAUAAAGUAAGUACAAAGGUUUUAUGAUCAACCUUUUUUGGAUUUUUUUUCUGACUACUGUAGUAGCAGCAAUCACCCCUCGACUUCCCCCAGUUGCUGCUGCAGAGCUGAUUUGGUGGCCAGGUGUCUUUGUUAAAUGUGAAAGUCUGCUGCCACUGCAUGAUUUACUUGUUCUAAUGUGAAAGAUGUACAUAAUGUAGUCCUCAUUGACGUAUGGAUUUAUCGGUUGCUAUUUUCAUGAUAUUUAACAGCAUAAUUUGUAAAGUUUUACUUUGCUGUAAAAAUGUAAAAUGAUUGGAGCUUGUUCCUCUUUGUAUAGUGAUCUUCCAGAACAAUAUUUGUUGGAACAUUUUCCAUGAUGUUUUUUUUCCUCUAAGGCCUCAGCUACUUUCAACAACCUUUUUUUGCUGUGAACCUUCACUUCAAAUUUAAGCCACACAUGAUUGAGCUGAACAGUCUGGGGUCACUGUCUGUUCCUGACCUCAUAAAGGUAGCUUACACUUGCAGUCUUCAUGGCAAUAUAGAGACUCAGUCAUUAACUUUUCACACUAACAUCAGAGUGCCUCAUCAUUCACUAAAUUGUCUAUUAAAGGAUGUUCAUGUUUGCAAAGUGGCUGAGGUUCUACUGCAAAAAUGUGUUGUUGAACAUGCCUCAUGCUUUAGCAGAUAUACUGAGCAUGCUUUAUUGUAUUGGAUUUCUCCACCAGUUGAAUUGUUUCUUGGGUUUAUUGAAUGCUAUUUUAAGACCAGACUAUUAAAUAUUUGAUCUAAAAAACAAA